AUGAAUUCACCAGAAAAGGAUGCACCUCAAGAGGAGAAGGAACUCAAGGACAUUGCAUGGCUGUGCGGAUUGUUCGCAUUGUUUUCUGCCUUGCUGCUCAGGUACUUUACCAUGACCACAUCAAUGCUUUUUCCAUUAGCAGUCUUGGCUUUCCACCAGUUCUAUUGGCGAAGACGGAAUCUACCUCCUGGACCACUUCCUCUUCCACUGAUUGGAAACACCUUAUCGAUCGAUAUGAGAAACCCGGCCAAGACCUUCAGUUCAUGGCAUGCCGUCUAUGGUCCCAUUUACACCGUAUGGCUGCCACAUCCCAUGAUAGUGAUGGCAAGCCAUGAAGUGCUCAAAGAAGCCCUCAUACGUCAAGGACCUGCAUUCGCCGGACGUCCUUCUGGGUACAUAUGGUCGAUGUUCACAAAAAACCCCGAGCAUGGUGACGAAAUUUCGGUCUCGGUCGGACACAAAUGGAAAAAAAUUGUCCACAAACAUCAUUAUAUGAUUCAACACAUUGAUGCUAAACUGGAGGGAAAACAGCAAAUCCCGAUGGAUCUCGACGAGCCUAUCUCUUUGUGUGUAGCUAAUAUCAUCCAGGACUUCGUAUUGGGAAAGUCCUACAAAUUUGGCGAUCCACAAUUCCGCAAAUUUAAAGACCUUAUAGAUGCUGUGCUAGCUGACGUAGCCUCCAAACCAGUUCAGCUUGUCAACGCGUAUCCGAUUCUUGCUUACUUGCCAAUUCCCGCUCUUAGACGAUACAAGGAGAACGGAUUUGCAUUGCAGAGGUAA